CCAUGUCAGAGUUUUGCCCCAGACACCAUUUCCUCUGUUUCUGUCUGAUCUGGCAGAUUUUGGCCACUAACAUGCGCAUGAACACAUUUCUUUUAUGCAAAAGUAACCCACGCGUCGGAGCAUCGCACGUUUCCUUAGUCUUAUGAGUCAGUGAUCGUAUGUGUUUAUUUUGAAACCAAGAUUUACUGUAUGGAUUUACAGCAGGAAACAGCCCAAACUGAAACUGUAAAGAGGAUCCUCUCAGUUUGAAAACUUCUUCUUCGGUGAUGACAAGUGAAACUCUUACUCACUUUGUUAUGGGACCCAUGGGAGCCUCUGAAUGACACCUGGAGGUCCCUUUUACUUUGCAGGGAGCAGCCGAGCAGCAGUGUGGAUGCUGCAUGCGAGAGAGGAGGUGCGGCAAAUCCACAUUAGGAGGACGAGGAGAGCGCUGUUGUUCCGUCGAAUCAGUGAGUCGGUCUGAGCACAGGCAGCCAGUCACUCAGUCAGUCAGUGCGCAUUGUUGAAAACGGGGAGCGUCGGGCUGCAUUCCGCAGACUUUCGCCGUCCCAUCACUCAGAAAACUUGUCAGCAAAAAAAGUUUUGGGAUUGUUUUGAGUUUAUGAGAGAAGCAAAGCGAGGGGUAAGAAGGUGAAACAGCGAGGGGAUGGAGAAGCACAAAGUGCUGGACCAGCUCCUGAUGGAGCUCCACCGCUUCCUGCUCAUCCUGGACAAGGAGACCCUGAGUGGGAAUGCCACCAUCCAGAAGGGCUUGCUGGCUGAUCUCCUCAAGUCCUACGGAGCCUCCAAUGGUGCUGAUGAGGAGUAUAUCUACAUGAACAAAGUCAUUGUUACUGCGAAGGACAAAGGCAGCAAAGAUGACAGAUCCGAUGCCCUGAUCAAUGGAAAAGCAGGAAAACAUUUCUCCGUCCCACAGAAGAACCUUCCUGACCUGCCGCCUCCCAGAGCAGGUAUGGUGGGUCGAGAGCCGUUCCCAUUACCUGCCGUCCCCGCUCCAGCCUGUAUAGACACUUCAGAGAGCUACUACGAGGAGGCUCAGCCAUAUGAGGAAACUUUCAAUGAUCUGGACUGUUUUGGCCUCCUCUCAGGGCCCUGGAUGCGAGUGCAGAGCUCUGACAGUGUGGUCUAUGCUGUUAUCAACAGGGAUGACGGGGAGGCAGUCAGCAGUUCAUACGAGUCCUACGAUGAGGAGGAAGUGACCAGAGGAAAGUCGCCGUCGGCGCAGCACCAGUGGCCGUCAGCGGAGGCGUCCAUUGAGCUCAUGAAGGACGCUCGGAUCUGCGCCUUCCUGUGGAGGAAGAAGUGGCUGGGCCAGUGGGCCAAACAACUGUGUGUCAUCAAAGACCAUCGCCUGCUGUGCUAUAAGAGCUCCAAGGAGCAGACACCUCUGCUGGAUGUGAGUCUGCUGGGAUGCAGCGUGGUCUACAAGGAGAAGCAGCUGAAAAGGAAAGAGCACAAACUGAAGGUCAUACCAGUGGGAGGGGAGGCUAUCGUUCUUGGCCUACAGAGCAAGGAGCAGACAGAGCAGUGGCUAAAGGUGAUUCAGGAGAUCAGUCCCAAGCCGACUGAAAACUAUGACCACCAGCACUCUGUAUCCGACUCCCCGAGGCUUAUCUGUACAAAGGGAGACCUGAGUGAGAGAUACUCAGUGGCUUCAGAGAGCGGCAGCAGCACUGACAGCCAUGCUGAGACUCCCGAAAAAGAUGUGAAGAAAAAAUCUGGGGCAGGUUUGAAGUUCAGCAACCUCAUGAACAUUGGCAAGAAAAAACCCUCCUCAUUAGAGAGCCCAGAGAAAUGUGUGGACACUUCAGGCUACCUCAACGUGUUGGUGAACAGCCAAUGGCGGACCUGCUGGUGUCUUAUAAAGAACGGACAGCUUUGGUUCUACCAAGAUAAGGGCAAGAACAAAGUGAGCCAGCCAGCUGUGACCCUAGGGGGCUGCAGCAUUCUGCCUGACCCGAGCCCCGAGCACCUGUACUCCUUUAAGAUCGACAUGGACGGCACGCAGGUUGCAACCCUGGAGGCCAAGACGUCCGCAGACAUGGGCCACUGGCUGGGCCUCCUGCUGUCACAGACAGGGACUAAAAUGGACCCCGAGGAGCUGACGUACGACUACGUCAACGCUGAGAGGAUCUCCAGCAUCGUCAAUGCUGCCAAGACUUCCUUAUACUUGAUGCAGAGGAGGUAUUCAGAGCCAAACACCUACAUAGACACACCACCCUCCAUCUCUCACAACUCUGAUGAGCUGUAUGAUGAUGUGGCGUCUAUAGCUGAUCCAGAGGAUGCUGAAGAGAGAGGCCUGCCAGACAGCGAGGACAACAGUCCUCAGGAACUUAAUGAAACAUCCGCGCAGGACACCAAGGAUUCAGCGGGAACACAACAGGACACUGACAACAGGAUUUACCUGGACCUGGUCCCUGUGCGCUCGUUCCUCCAUACGUCCUGCGGGGGUAAAGCCCCUCCUGCCAAAGAAACUUCUGGACAUUCCCCAGUCCCAGCAGAGGAGCAGAAGGACCCCUCAUCUCAAAUGAAAGAGGUCGUUUCAACUACCCGCACUGAGCCAGAGUCAGCACCUGUGAUAAAUGACACAAAUUCAGCCUCUGCUACAGAGCACCCUCCCACUCCCACUCCACCACAGCCACAACCCCAACCAGUCAGGACCUCAACCCAAAGCCAGGAGACCCCCAAGAGGAGCAGCGUGGGGAUCCCACAGGCCUUCACCUCCUCCGGGGGACAGAUCCACAAAGGCUCAACAGUUUCUGUGGGGCUCCCUCACAGUCCUCACCCCCAGCGGCCCAAGGCACAUACCAUAGGGUGUCCCGGUGCAGUCGAAGGGAAACUGGGCAAGAACCGCACAGAAGCAGACAUGCGGCGCUACAUCGAUGAACGCGACCGUUUGGAGAAAGAGAGGGAGGAGAUGAAGAGUAGUCUGGCGAACCUGAAAAAGGAGAGGAGGGAAACCAAAGAGGAGCUCACUGCCUGCCAAGAUACCAAGCAGCAGGCCUCGCUAGAAGCCCGUUUGAAGCAGAAGGACGAGGAGUGUCGGGAGGCGGAGCGCCGCAGAGUUGAGGUGGAGCUACGGUUGAUGGAGGUGAAGGAGAGUCUGAAGAAGGUGGAGUCGGGGCCUUUCACACUGGGGACCACACUGGACAGCAGCCUCCAGGACACAUCCACACCUAAAGCAUCAACCCUGCCUUCUAUGCAGACAUCAUCAUCAUCAUCAUCAACAUCAUCAUCAUCUUCAUCAUCCCAACCCUGCAACAGCAACAUCAGUGCAGACCCAGCCUCGCCAGUCAACUCUGCCUCUGCACUAAAGAGCAGACCGGCCUCUAUCAUGGCCACCAAAGGCAAAGUCCUGCAGAAAGCCAAGGAAUGGGAGAAGAAGUCCACCACCUAGAGGGAAACCUGAAUGCCCCUUGAUGUCCAAAAUCCAAGUUUAUCUUGGUCUGGUCAGCUGUCCACAACUUGUCCUGCUUCAGCAGGGAACCACCAAGUUAACAGACCAGACAGUUCAUUCAACAUCCUCCCUUCUCUCUAUGGACCCUCCAUCCUCAUCACCUCCUCGCCAAGACUAUAAAGAGCCAAUCAGAGAGUUGCACGAGCCGUCUCCUCAAACACCACUGGAUAUUCUUAGUCCAUUGACUUUUCACCUUGUUUGUCUCCAUUUGCUUAAGGGAGGACACCAAUGUAGUAGCAUUCUGGUCAGUCUAACAAUUGUUCUUGGUAACGAUGCACAAAUGGGACGUUUGAAAACAGCCAAACAUUUGAAACCACUGAGACAGAAAGACAUCCCUCUAACUAAAAUUGGCCAUUUUGUACACUCUAGAUUGUAGCUUGGUUCAUAUAUGCUGGUAGCCAAGAUGUAAAUAUAUUUACACCAUUAUUCAGCCUCAUGUGGCUUGUAUUGCUAGCUAAAAAUGCACUUUUUAUUCAAAUAAAAAUGUACUGACAACAAUACUGGCUUGAAUUGCGUUGAUGGAAAUGUCUUCAUUUGCCUUGAACGUAACAUCUGUCCGUCCAGCUUGUCUGAUGAAAAUGGACCCAAGGUUACCUGCUGUACAAAUGCUUUGAAAUUUGCAAAGGACACUGGAAGCGUGCAGCAUUAAAAUUUAACAUGGUAAUUAGAGUCAGAUCAGGCACAUCUUACUAAUGAGGGAAUAAAGCAUUCAUGAAGGGGAGUCAUUUGACAAUUAGAUGUUCACCUGGCAAAUGUGUUUGAAGGUUAAAAGUGAUUGAACUGUGCUGUUGGCUAAAUGACUCGCUGUUUUAAAUAUUCCAAUUUAAAGCUUAUUAGUGGAAUAAUUCUACUGUCUAAUCAGACACUAUUUACUAAAGCUGGAUGGACAAAUGAUCCAUUAUGGAAGUUUGUUUCCCUUUUCCCCAGAAGUGAUAAGUAAAGUACAGGGUAAGUUAAAGGGACAGUUCACCCCAAACACAAAAAUGCAUGUUUUUCCUCUUACCUGUAGUGCUAUUUAUCACUUUAGAUUGUUUAGGUGUGAGUUGCCAAGUGUUUAAGAUAUCGGCCAUAGAGAUGACUGCCUUUUCUCCAAUAUAAUGGAACUACAUGGCACUCGGCUUGUGGUGCUCAAAGCA